GUACGGUUAUCACUUGCCGCGUGAGCCAGCAUUGUCCGUUUACCAUAGCGAGGCCGGCACAUAGCAGAGAAGUUUGGUAAAAUGAGAGGGAGUUGAGAGAGCUCAUAAUUUCCGCGGAAUUCAGUUUCCCUCUCUAUUGUCAAAAGGGAUCAGAAUCUCAGUUCUCGUAUCGGAACCCUAAUUUACUGGAGCAAGAAGAAAGGAAAAGGAAAAGGAAAAUGCCUCGAGAAAUUAUCACUCUGCAAGUGGGACAAUGCGGGAACCAGAUCGGCAUGGAGUUCUGGAAACAACUCUGCUUCGAGCACGGCAUCAGCAAAGAAGGCAUUCUCGAAGAUUUCGCCACUCAGGGGGGAGACAGAAAAGAUGUGUUUUUUUACCAAGCUGAUGAUCAGCAUUACGUACCACGAGCUUUACUUAUGGAUCUGGAGCCUAGGGUGAUCAAUGGUAUUCAAAACGGUGAAUAUAGAAAUCUCUACAAUCAUGAAAACAUAUUUAUCUCAGAUCACGGUGGAGGUGCUGGAAAUAACUGGGCCAGUGGAUAUCAUCAGGGGAAAGGUGUUGAGGAGGAUAUAAUGGAUAUGAUUGAUAGAGAAGCUGAUGGGAGUGAUAGUCUUGAGGGUUUUGUUUUAUGCCAUUCAAUUGCCGGAGGAACAGGCUCAGGUAUGGGUUCAUAUCUGCUGGAGACUCUUAAUGAUCGCUACAGCAAAAAACUUGUUCAGACAUAUAGUGUAUUCCCAAACCAGACAGAGGCAAGUGACGUGGUUGUCCAGCCAUACAACUCGCUCUUGACACUCAAGCGGCUUACACUUAAUGCUGAUUGUGUUGUUGUUCUUGAUAACACUGCACUUAAUAGAAUUGCUGUGGAGCGACUUCAUCUUUCAAAUCCUACUUUCGCUCAAACAAAUUCUCUGGUUUCUACUGUAAUGUCAGCAAGCACAACCACAUUACGUUAUCCUGGAUACAUGAACAAUGAUUUGGUUGGCCUUCUUGCCUCUUUGAUUCCAACUCCAAGAUGCCAUUUUCUAAUGACAGGAUAUACACCACUCACAGUGGAGCGUCAGGCUAAUGUGAUUCGAAAAACUACUGUACUAGAUGUUAUGAGAAGACUUCUGCAGACAAAGAAUAUCAUGGUAUCCUCUUAUGCUCGAACAAAAGAAGCUAGUCAGGCAAAAUACAUAUCAAUAUUGAAUAUCAUUCAAGGAGAAGUGGACCCCACCCAGAUCCUGGUUCGCUGCUUUAAUGUCCUCUGCAAUAUGGUUCAUGAAAGUUUGCAGAGAAUACGUGAAAGAAAGCUUGUUAACUUUAUUGAAUGGGGCCCUGCAAGCAUUCAAGUUGCUCUGUCCAGAAAGUCUCCCUAUGUUCAAACUGCCCAUAGGGUCAGCGGGCUUAUGCUAGCGAGUCAUACUAGUAUCCGGCACCUCUUCAGCAAGUGCUUGAGCCAGUAUGAGAAGUUGAGAAAGAAGCAAGCCUUUCUUGACAACUAUAGGAAGUUUCCAAUGUUUGCUGAUAAUGAUCUCUCAGAAUUGGAUGAAUCAAGAGAUGUGAUCAAGAGUUUGGUUGAUGAAUAUAAAGCUUGUGAAUCCCCAGAUUACAUUAAAUGGGGAAUGGAGGAUCCUGAUCACAUUCUAACUGCAGAAGGCAAUACUACUGGAACAGUGGAUCCGAAAUUAACAGUGUGAGCCAAGUCAUCUCAUUUGCUGCUGAAAGUAACCCGGAUGGAAGAUAAAAAUCCGCAACAUGUUUACAUUUGUGUAAUUUGCUGCCUGGUUCGAGUAUGGCAUGUGUAAUUUGACGUUUCUUUUUUUGUGUUAUAUUUUUUUCCUUAAUUGUUAUUAUAUUCAGCUAAAUUGAGAAAAUAAUUAUAUACACUUAUCAAUGUAUAUAAAAUAUCCUAUAAAUAUUAUUUCUGCAUUUGAAUGA